AUGUUGUUAAUGAGAACGUUUCGAACAUGUUAUUUGUGUCAUUGUUCAAAAAUGAUCGCAUCUAAAAAUAUGUCUGUUGCAGUAAAUGAACUGAAUGUAGUACCAGAACAUGUAUGUAACUUGGCUAAGCAGUUAAAUGUAAAAAGUUCAAUGUUAUCCAAAGUUAUAAACAACCAUCAAGAGAAAUUAAAAUUUUACACCGAAUCAAGGUGGCUAGUACUAUUUGAAUAUUUAACCCAGUAUGAUUUUAAAACAUCUGAGCUUCUAGAAAUGAUAGAUUCAAAUCCAGAUAUAUUAAGCAUAAAUAGACAAAACUUACAAAAAUGCAUGAUUGCAUGGACUAACUUUCGCUUUGAAGACAAAAAAUUAAGACAACUAAUAAUUUCACAACCUUCUUGUUUGUUGCUGGACGAUAAGGAAAUUCUAUCCAGGAUUCCUAAACUUUUAUCAUAUGUCGGUAAUAAACAAAAUAGGUUAUUAGAAUUGAUAUCAUAUUCGCCAAAUAUUUUGUUUGACAAUUGGAAAUAUAUUGAGUCUAAAUUAGAUUAUAUAUUGUUGAACAUGGAACUUGGUCCUACUCAAUUUGUAACGACGAGUGUUUUGUCCUCAACACUUUUUGAUUUAAAGUGUAGACAUAAUUUUUUGGUAAAACUAGGUAUGUACAAACCUCGAGAUCCAAAGGCUAAUCCAAAUCUAAUAACUGGUAAUCCUUCAUUGAAAGCAAUCAUUGAAACAAGUGAUAAGCAGUUUGCUGUUAAAGUUGCUGGAGUUACAGCUGAAGAAUUCUUUGUUUUUAAAAAAAUAUUUAAAAAACAAUUAGAUGAAGAGAAUGAUGAUGAUUCAGAUGAACGUGAAUAUUACAGUGAUGAUGAUUGA